UGCUAUGAGACGCGUUGUGUCCAUGUUGCCGAGGCACAAUGAAGAGGAAAUGUAGGAUGGACAGACAUCUCAGACACUACAUAGAGCUUAUUUAGCGUCAUUAAUGAAACGAGAGUUUACUUACGGUGUCCAGAAGUGAUCCACUACAAUGGUGAAGCUGAGGGCGAGAUGCCUGCUUGUCGGAGAUGCUGCAGUGGGGAAAAGUGCCCUUAUUCAUAUGUUCCACAGUGAUGGGACUCUGUUCCAGAAGAACUACAGCAUGACAACCGGAGUGGAACUGCUGCUGAAAUGUGUCAACAUCCCAGAGACCAAUGACAGCGUGGAGCUCUACAUCAUAGACUCAGCAGGGAAGGAGACAUUAGUGGAAGCCUGCGAGAAAAUGUGGGGCGAGCCAUCACUGCUGUGCCUGGUUUUUGACCUGACCAGUGAGCAGUCUUUUGCCAACUGCAGCCGCUGGAUGGAGAGAGUCCGUGCCCACUGCCAGGGUCUUCAUGUUCCAGGUGUCCUGGUGGGCAACAAGUCAGACCUGUCUGCUCGAAGGGAGGUACAGGCAUCUGUGGCCCAGGAAUGGGCCCAGAGCCAGGGGUUGGAAUACCAUGAGACAUCAGCCAGGGAGAUGGAGAACUGUGACGCGCCGCUGCUCAGUUUAGCCCGGGCCUUCCAGUCUCUCUAUCAAGAGCGCCGGGAGAUCAUCCAGAACCUAAUUCCAGGCUAGACCCCUUCGCACUCACACACACACACACCUUGACUUUUCACCAGUAGGAUAGAAGGCACAGGAAUUCCAUUCAGAGAAGUUAUCAGGCUUUAUGGAUCAUAUAUCUGUGAGGAUAUGAGGCAGUUCAAACAAACCCUGUGUGUCUUUUGCACCAGCCGUGUUACUGGACUGGCAGAAUGUUCAGAGUGAUAUUUUGACAUGCCAAUGAAUAAAGCUGUUUUUCUUUAACAAUC